AGAGACAGAAGAACUAGAAAUACAUGUAUACGGUCAAUCUGAUGUAUUUGAAACAGUACAGCACUCUGAUGUAUUGUCGAUGUUUCAGACAGUUUUUUUGUGAGCUUGUAUCUUGAUAUGAUACGAACACAACCAUGGAUAGGAGCCCUUGGGUUUCAGCUCUAGUCAUAUUACUGCACUUGACACUUUACAUAUCAGGGGAGACGAGACCGAGAAAUGUUAUUGCACACAUAUGGGAGGGGAACGUAACUAUAACCUGGGAACCUCCUCAGGAAAAUCCUGGGGAUUACCUCUAUCAAGUUCAACUGUUACAUUAUACUGAUUCUCCUGCGGUCUGGGAAAAUGUUCCCCACUGUAAUCUCCUUAACGCCACCAAAUGUAAUAUUGGAUAUCUUUCAGUGGAUUCAAACAUCAAAGUGAAAGUUGGAGCACUCACGACUCAAAACAAUAUUUCUUGGAGUGUUAAACGGAAUAUUAAUAUUCGUCACAGUCAACUGUUUGCCCCAACGUUCAGUCUGUCAUCCACCUCAUACACUGUGCGAGUCAAGAUACACAGGAAACCAAUACUUGAUGAGAUUUUUAGCAGUGGAGUGCGAUACACCACGUAUCUGUGGCAAGAUGGGCAGGAAAACCAGACAGUGACAAAGAGUGAUGAUGACACUGAUGAUGAUGGUGAGAUGACAUUCAUCUCAUUGCAGUCACUGCAAGUGUACUGUGUGUUUGUGAAGGUGGAGAGUAUAGCAACUGAUGCUAACAACAGCUCUCCUGUACACUGCAUAAAGCUACCAAUAGAUGUGAACCUGAUUAUUUGCAUCGUUUUACUGGGACUAUUGGGCAUUAUGGCGUUUCUAAUAAUCUUUAUAUGUUUUCUGAGGCGACCUCGGAAAAUGCCGAGUGCUUUGAAACUUGUUGUAAAUGCAGGGAAGCCAUUGAUUAUCAAAUCCGACCAAGUGGAGACCGUGACAGACAAGGGAUGGAUCGUCAUCACCAACAACUCCGACACAAAAAAGAGCAUUGAAUUUACCGAGGAAGACAAAGGGAGGAGAGGAAGCCUGGACAGUGGAGUGAGCGUAGAACAGCUGCACCUGACCGUCAGCAACGCAAAGACGGAGGAACAAAAUGGAGAUCUGCAAGUGGACAGUGGUUGUGGAAGUCUAAAAGGAACCGAGGUCAGUGGAAGUGUUGGGAGAGUCACAAGACAAUUCUCCAUGAAUGAGAUACACCGCAGUGGUGAAAAUGGUGGAAGUGAGGACAGUGGAUUGGGAUUGGGCCCUCAUGAAGCUUCUGGUUCUCUAGAGGGGGAAGACACUGGACUAUUAUCCGAGGUAGUUGUAGGGGAUGGAUAUCGGAGUCAGAGCCCCUCAAGUGUGGAUGUACAAAAUGACAUGGACUCAAACAUGGCUGCUCCAUCAGCCGGAUAUAGGUCUGGUCAGGUGACGUGUACGUGCGCAGACCACGAAUAUUGCAUUUGGUGCAAAUUUAAGAAUCCUUUCACUGAAGACUGUCCACCAGUAACUCAAUCACAGACAGACUUUAGACAAACCGACGUAGGGAACUCUGUGAGUUCGAGCUACUUGAAGAAGACUUUUAUGCAAACAGUAAACCUUUUAAACAUGGAAGUCCCAACGACAGAGACUGCCCUUUCAGAUAAUGACUGCACCGAGUCUCCUCUGCUUCUCUUGUCAUGUCCACUACUUCUCCAAAAUGAAAAGAAACAAGACGGCAUAAUGCACACAAGGUCUUUCGCACUUGAUAACAUGGAACUUACAUUUUCCUGAACUGCUGUCUGGAGACCUUUGCUUGAAAAAGAGAACAAAUGUGGCUUGAGAUAACUUUCAGCUGGUACAUCAGGGUAUUGUGAAAAAUGGACUAAUCUUAUUUUCAUGCAUGUUUUUCACACAACCUUGUUCACUGCAUAAAUUGUCAUUUUAGAUCAUUAAGAGUCUCAUCAUCUAUUGGUGAUGAAAGUAUAUUGUGCAUCAAAGCCGAUUUGGACAGAUGGGGGGGGGGUGUUCUUCCUACGAAAUAAAAAAAAGGCAAAAGAAAAAAAAUUUUGCCAUAUGCUGCUCUUGACUCACGUGUAAAACAUAUGGUUGUUGUUUUUUUCUGAAUGUCUGAAAUGUACUACAGUGCAGUAAUUCGACAGUGUAUGCCUCCUUGGUUUUUACUUAUUUGAACUAAUCUGUUCUGAUCAAGUACACAAUAAUUAUUUGUAGUUGUAAAAAUGAGCACUUCAUGACUUCAGAAAACAUCGCAUUGAUUAUUCGAUUACAAGUUAAAUGCUGCAUUGCUUCAGAUGGACUCGCGCUGGCUGUAUGAGGAACGAUUCACGCACAACACUUCUCGAUGUCUGGCCACGAGGAUCGAAGUGAUGUGCACAUGCUUUUCAUAGACCUCAACCCAUCAUAAGCAGAAAAAUGGGAGGAAUCAAAGUGCGGAGCAUUUUGUUCUGCCAUUCAGAGUGGCUUUAUCAAGCCUCGAAAUGACUUUAUACUGUGUAUAUAGAAGAUAUUACAGCAUUAAUAAAGUACAGCGCAUUUGCCCUGAUUGUGGUCUGAACCAGAGGAGAUUGGGCGCUGAUGCAGAACCAGUACUGGUCCUUAUCUCUACUUAUAUUAAGUUUAUUUAUUUAUUUAUCUAUUUAUUUAUUUACAUAUUCACUCACUCACCUAUCCAAGUACCAAUUUUUAUUUUAUCACCAUAGGAUAAACAGGAUAAUUCUCUUCUAAAAUCAAACAACAAUAACAACAGCAACAACAAAAACCCCAGCAGGAACACUGAAGCCAAAGUUACAGUAAAGCCAGCAGACUUCUCAACAACCAGUAGGGAAGUGCUCUUCUUGUGGAGGUUGAAAAAGACUUUUUUUUUGGUCAACAACUUUUCCCUCGCCCGUCUAAGCGUUCAAGUAAUAAACUCUUUACUUGUGCUAAUAGAGAUUACCAUGCUUUGGAGAUUACCGCAUGGGGAAAUGGCAAGGCCAAAUGAAUAAAAGAAAACUGUUCAAAACAGUAUCGAAACUGAGCCCAUGACUAUAGAUAGACUUUUUUCUUUCAUUCCUCUACUCUGGGACACUGUGCGUUUUCUUGUGGGCGGUGGAAACACCGAAUUUGUUUGUGGAAGCACACGGUUAUUUUUCAUUCAUCAUAUUUUCAUGACCUGUGAGUUUAAAUGAAAACUGCUUAGUGCAAUUUCAGGUCAGUUUAGUCCUAAAUUUGUAAUAACUGAUAAAUAAAUAAAUU